AUGGAAAAUAAUCAAAGUUCUUCGUUCGAUUUGCGGCUUGAGAUGCGAGAAUUGGUAAUUGAUGAGAUGGAGCCACAAUCAAAAUUUAAAUUCGAAAUUUGUUCGGAAAAAUGUGAAGAUGAAGUGAAGAAAUCGAUAGAUUAUUUGAAGAGUAUCAAAAUGUAACGAAAUUAUAUGAUGAUCAUCCAGAAAUUCAUAUUCAUUGUCUACAAUUUAUGGAAAUUGAGGAAUUGUCGGAGCCAAAAACUUUUGUUGUUCCAAUCGACCUCGAAAAGAAAAAGAAGUAUAACAUGAUUUGAAGAAUUUGAUGGAAAAGAAACAUGUUCAAAAUUUGAAUUUGAACAAAUAUUUGGAAAUGUAUCACAAAUCAAUUGUUAGAUUCGAAGUAUUGAAUUAUAAUGAAAAUGGAUGGGAUGAUUAG